GCUGGUGAGACUUCCGGUCUGACGUAUACACCAUGACGUCUGUUCUCCUGCUGCGCCCACAAACUAUCAUUUGGUUCAAGGCGUCUUCAAUGUUGCAUACGUUUACAUGUAUAUAUUUAGCCAUCGACGCAGAGCCUGCAAGGCAAAUAAAGAGUUACUAACAUUUUAAAGAUCACUGCCAUGUCUUUGGAGAAAACGUCUGACCUGGUUAAUGAAAACACUUGCGUGUCCUCAACUUUAACCUUAGAUCUCCGGUCCCCACAUAGCGCUCUUCUUGACGCUGACCUGUGUAAAAAUGGCAAAGGCACAACCACGUCCUCUAAAAAGCGCCAUAAUUAUGCCACAUCCACACCUUUGGACCUGUUGAACGGCACGAUGGUGGACAUGGACGACGGCGAGUUGAGCCGUCGCGAGGAGGAACGGGUUCGGAACCACGAGAACGAACAGGGGCAGAGCGAAACUGGAAGCAACGCCAAGUGGGUCAAAGAAGGUCAGAAUCAACUGCGAAAGGUGGCGGAGAGGCAACAGGACCAUAACCGCAACCACAACGGGAGUCCCGAUGACAACCCCAACCAGAAUUCUCAGGACGUGGAGUUUCAGGAGGACAAGAGUACCUUGAAGACCCUUCGGUCUCUGUGCUCUGAGGUCAGUGAGGCUCUUCUGAUCGACACCUCCACUGCUCCUCAGGAGGAGGAGGAGGAGGAGGGGGAAGAGUCUCUGCUCCUGCCCGGCGGGGAGAGAGACACAGACUCGUCGGAGGCUCAGAGCAGCAGUGAGUCCAGGAGAGAGGAGAGUGCGGACGGACGGACCUCGUGCCCGACGUCUCAGGGGGGGCGAAACGGAGCCCCCAGCGACGAAGACUCCAGCUGCAUGUCGCUGUCCCAAGGCAGCACGGCCAACAGCAGUCCUGAUGCUGACCCAGAGUCGUACUGGGACCGCAGUGCGUUUGAGACGGAUGCAGACCUUCCAGCGGGCUGGAUGAGGGUGAGGGACACCUCGGGGACCUACUACUGGCACAUCCCCACAGGCACCACCCAGUGGGAGCCCCCGUCCCCCGCAGAGGAGGGGGAGCCCCAGGAGAGGCCCUCCAGCACGUCCCCCGCCGUCUCCCCCAGCGAGGAGCCACAGUUGACAUGGAGUGGGGUGUCUCCCCGCCCGAACAAGUUCAACGAUGAGGACUUAUGGAAGGAGGAAGAUGUGAACUCUGACCAGAGCCUGAAGGAGUUUGAAGGAGCCACUCUGCGCUACGCCUCCAUCAACCUCAGCUGCUCCCAGUCUGAGGGCAGAGAGAAGCUGGAUUCUCUCAUCAACGACCCAGACACCAAGGUGUUUGCGGUGCGCUCCCUGGGCUGGGUGGAGAUAUCCGAGGAGGAGAUGGCCCCAGGAAAGAGCAGCGUCGCCGUGAACAACUGCAUCCGCCAGCUGUCCUACCACAAGCACAACCUGCAUGACACAGCCGGGAUCUGGGGAGAGGGCAAAGACAUGCUCCUGGUUCUCGAGAAUGAGACGCUGAAUUUGAUUGACCCUCUGGGCCAGACUGUGCUGCACUCUCAGCCUAUCGUCAGCAUUCGAGUGUGGGGCGUGGGGAGGGACAAUGGCAGGGACUUUGCCUACGUGGCCAGAGACAAACUGAGCCAUGUGCUGAAGUGUCAUGUGUUCCGGUGUGACACCCCGGCUAAGAACAUAGCCACCAGUAUGCACGACAUCUGCUCCAAGAUCAUGGCCCAGAGGAAGACUUCUAAGACGUCUGUGAGCAAACUCAACAUGGACCCUUCCAGACUAGCUGACAUUCCUUUCCAGGAAUUCCCAGCACCAAAAAACGAGCUGGUCCAGCGUUUCCAGGUGUGUUACCUGGGUAACGUUCCUGUGGCCAAACCUGCAGGUAAGGAAGGCUUUGGGAUGGACCUAGUGAACGUUGCCCUGGAAACCGCGUUGAACUCCAAGUUGAAGGACGAGUGGCCGUCUGUGACCGUUAACGUGGCCUCCGCCACCCUGACUAUCAUCGCUGCCGAGACGCAGGAAGUGAUGUCGGAGUGCCGCGUGCGUUUCCUGUCCUUCAUGGGCGUGGGGAAGGACGUCCACACCUUCGCCUUCAUCAUGGCCGACGGCCCCGGAGACUUUGUGUGUCACAUGUUCUGGUGCGAGCCCAACGCUGCCAGCCUGAGUGAGGCUGUACAGGCCGCCUGCAUGCUGCGCUACCAGAAGGUUCUAGAUGCCCGGCCGCCCAGCUCCUGCCUGCCGGGGCCCCAGGCUGACUCUGUGGCCCGCCGCGUGGGCUCCAGCAUGAAGAAGGGAGUCCAGAACCUCCUGGGCAGCUUCAAGAGGUCCGGGGCCCAGACGCCCUGACUGCCGCCAGCCAGACAAUCGGACGCCCUGACCACCGCCAGCCAGCCAAUCAGCUCCUCUGUGACAGUCCUGCUGUCUCUCCACACCCCUCUCAGACCCCCCCCCCUCCCCUCCAGUCUUUCCUGGUUGGCUGGCAGAGCUGUGGGCAGGGAUGGUUGCUAUGGAGACGACGACCAACUGCCACCAACUGCCCCUGCACUGGCCACUGCUGCUUCCUGUUCUGACUUCCUAACGCCACUGCCUGAUUGGACGAGAUCUGCCAUCUCCGUUCACUUGGGAACCCAUUUCACCUUUAGUUUCCUGUUUUUCUUUUUAUUAUUUUCUUUUUGUUGUUGAAGUGACGUGUUGUUGGGCCCAAGCAGCACAUGGUCGUGACGGGAGGCAGCAGUGAAGGGUUUUUCUUUCGUUAGAAAGGUUUUAUUACACUUCAAGGAAGAGAGUGCUGCUCACAAACCAAGAUGUCUGCUGUUUGACUGAUCUAGUGACUGAUCUGUUUAUAAAGAUUGAAAUGGAAAAAGGUGCAAUUGAAUUGUGAAUGUUGACGUCAUCUGAUUAACUUUGGCUCUUUGGUUUGGAAAAAGUUAGAAAGGAACAGCAAGGAAUGGAAAAAAGCCAAAUAUCAAAAGUAGUCUGUAAACAAAAUGUUAAAUAUCUAAAUAUCAGAGCUGAAAGAACACACUAAUGUAGCACUGUCAGGAAUGAAAAUGAGAAUGUUUUGGGACUUAGUUUGUAUACUGAUACAGUUUGUAUUAUCAUGACCCCAUGCUUGUCUUGAUAAACACUUGAUUCAGUUAGGGAGCUGAGGAACCAACGAGGGCUUCGACUUUGUUUGAAUUUGUUUAGCAAAUUGCAGUGAAACAAGUGCAUCUCGCCAAUGUAGAGAAUCUUUCUGACCGAGAGAGAGGCUGAGUUUACUGUAGAGAGCAGCUAAGCCUUCACGGAGGCUUUCUAGAUCAAAAGAAGAACGUGUCUAUUUGCGUACCGGCGUCACAGUACCCCCUCACUGUGAGGAGGCGGAGGAAACCGUUUUAAAUGUCAAUGCUGUUCCUGUGUCUUGUGUCAACGCCUCCAAGUCCAGCAGUUGUGUGUAAUUCUGUUUUCAUAUCGGUCUUCAAUAUUCAUAUUUUUUAUUUUCGUACAUAUGUUUUACACAAAUUGUCUGUCAGAUUUUGUAUGUUACGUUUUUUUGUUUUUCUUGACGGCCAGUUUGUGGAGUUACUGGAAAUGCAAUAUAGAAAACCUUUUGUUUUGUAAUUUCUCUUUUUUUAUUUGUGUUCCACCUUUUGUCUGGUCUUAAGUGUUUCUGUAGAGGGCGUCUUCCAUAGCUGUAGAUUCUGUUACACUUAUCUCACCAGGAUGCGUGAGGACACUGUCUCUUGGCAAUAGAAGCUAUGCCUGCCAUCUUUAGUUUUGACACUACAGUACUACUAACAUUACACACUUACAUACACUACAUGUAUGUUACAUACACUAUUAAAUACAUACACUACUUACAAAACACGUUGUUAAACUUUGUUACUCUUUGUUUUGUAGAAUUUCAUUGUGUUAUGUUUAGCUAACUCAUUAGUGUUUUCCGUUAUUAAGUGUGACACUAAAAUACAAUUACAAUUGGUGCCAUGUCACUUAAGAUGUGUGGUCCCUAACUCAUCCUGGUUGCGUGUUGCUUGAUCACUAUGCUUGAUUGUUGACGUACAGUACUGUGUAAAAGCCUUGGGCACCUAAGAUUUAUUUUUUAUUGUUACAUGAUUAUUGUCUUCAAUAUUUUUGAUGUGUGUUCCGUAUUUGUUCUUUCAGUAUGAAAGGACAGCGUUGAGAGAAUUUUCAUUUCAUUAAGUCUUUUAAUUUCAUUUUCUUUUUCAAAAUGUGUGUUUGUGCCUAAGGCUUUUGCACAGUACUGCAGAUGUAACCUGACAUGAGAUCUGUUGGCCAGCCCCACCCUUCCAGUCAGGCCGUGUGUGUCACAACACUGUCUCCUUUCAAUCUGACGGCCCCGUUUCCCAGACAUGGAUUCAUCCUGGUCCUAAAGUAAGAGAGAAAUUCAAUGAAGAUUUCCAUUGAGAAGUAUUUUUAGCCUAAGAGCAGGCUUAAUCCAUGUCUGGGAAACGAGGCCUACAUUUUCUUAAAGGGAGAUAGAGGUUGUAAAUGUUCACUGUAGUAUGAUAUAAUAUGAAACAUCAAUAAAUGAUUUCUCAGCGUGUACCUUCAGGGCCAGAUAGUGACCCCAACGUACAGCUUCUCCCAUGGUGUGAUACCCAGAAAAGCCAAGGAAAUAUAUUCUAACUGUGUAAAUCUCAAGCAACAUGAUCUUUUAUCUGAUGAAUGUUGCACACAGUGUUACUGAUUAUUCUCCUGUGUGAGAUAUUUAUUAAGCCUUAUUUAGCAAACGACACUGGUCUGUUCAAAGUCGUAUCACACUAUGAUUGGAUAUCAACUGAUCGCUAGAGUGCAAGAAAGACUUUUGUUUUUUAUCCUUAUUUAAAUAAGAUGAAUCAGAUGGUAUGGAUAUAUAUAUAGGUAUAUCACCUGUCACGUUGUAAAAUUAAAAAAACUUUUAACCUGA